CAGCCUCAUUAUCAUUUUGUCUUUGCUCGAGGGAAUUAUAUAACCCUUCAGACACAGGCAAACUUCAGUCAGUGGAACUUCACUAAGGUAGUGCAAAAUAGGGAACAGAGUAGGAUAGGAAACCGGAGAGACUGGACUGUUAUUAUCCAUUAAUGGACAACCUUCAGAGUAAGAUGGUUCUUUCUUUCAACAUCCUGAUGCUGCUCCUCCUGCAGCUGGCUCUGUCAGACCCAGUGCCGCUGACCACACGCUCCAGAGGAUGUCCUGGCUGCAAAGGAAAGCCCUCACAGAGUCAGCCAUUGGUGGAUUUAAACACCACCUCUCUGGCUGUUGGAGCCCUGUGUGGAGUCUACACUCAGAGCUGUGCCCAUGGGCUGCGCUGUGCACCGCCACAGGAUGAGCCGAGGCCUCUCCGAGCUCUGCUGGAGGGCAGAGGGGUCUGCAGCAAUGCCAGCGGCGUGAGCCAGACGGAGAAGAUCCACACUGCAGAUCUAGCUCCCACUGUGGAUCCAGAUGAGCCUCCAUGUCGAAAACUGCUUACAACACUCAUCCAAGGUCUUGAUGCACAUUUAUUUCAGUCAAACCAUGACAUCUACAUGCCCAACUGUGACAAGCGUGGUUUCUUCAGAAAGAAGCAGUGCUGGUCAUCUCGAGGGAAGCAGCGUGGAAAGUGUUGGUGUGUGGAUGAGAGCGGCAUGCCGGUCUCUACAAACACCAGAGAGAAAGGCAGCCUGAGCUGCUGAGCUGACUGAAGCAGAGGAAGAUAAAGAGGAAGGAACAUCACACAGAGGAACUGGUUCAUACUCCAUCAGCCAGAAACAGCUUUCCAACGAUGAAGAAGAACUGUUUCAAAAUCUUAGUAACUUUGUCUCUUUGCGCCCUCUGCUGAAAAUAAUGAGGUUCUAUUGAUCUGAUUUAUUACUUUGGAGAAAGACUUUGCUGAGACAAUCUUUCUCUCCCUGAUCAUUUAACUCUGCAACAACUCUGCAGAAACUUUUGCACAUUUUCAAGUAGUUUACUUUUUAAGUUCAAGAUUGUAACCCCAUAAAUAUCUCAUGUCAAGUUUUAUAGCUACAAUUAGAAACCUGUUUUUUUAUAUAACUAGAUAUAUAAAACCAUACAUAAGGUGUAAUUUGGCA